AUGAACUGUGAUUCAAUAUACGUAGCAGCUCUCAUAUUUUUCAUGCAUUUUGUGUUUCUUACAACAAGCCAUGGCAGGGUCUUCAUCCCAACAGAUGCCAGUCUCAUUGAAAACACAUGCUGGAGAACACCAAAUCACAAGCUUUGUAUCUCUUCCCUCAAAGAAGACCCCCGGAGCCGUGAUGCGGAUGUCACAGGCUUGGCUCUCAUAAUGGUAGAUGUUGUCAAGGCUAAGGAAACUGAAUGUGCAUAUCGAAUCAAUCAUUUGCUUAAGCAGAGGCCUGGAGAUCAAUCCUUAAGCUCCUGCGCAAGCCAAUACGAUACCGUUAUAGAUGUUCUUAUCCCUAGUGUCAAUCAAGCUUUAACCCUAGGGAACCCUAAGUUUGCAGAGGAUGGCAUGAACGGCACCGCUGUCGAGGCUGAGUCAUGUGAAGAUUACUUUUCAGGCCAUUCUCCAAUGACAGAUUUAAACAAAGCUUCUGAGGAUGUUGCAGCUGUGGCUGCAGCAAUUGUCAGAAUAUUGCUUUAA